AUGAACGUAAAGAUUGAGGUUUUAAUUUUGUUGAUUUCCUGCUGUGUAUGGGGAGCAUUAUGUGUGAACUGUACGGAGAAAGGAGCCGGCCGCUUUGCAGACCCCACAGACACAACCUGUAAACUCUACGACUUAUGCGUAUUCGUUUCCAGUGACAGUUCUUACCAAUCAUACAACUUUUCCUGUCCUGAAAAGACGCUAUUCGACCCUGCAAUUGCCGCUUGUUCUAACAAAUAUAAGUGCGAUUCUACGAAUGAUCGCCGUCCAGCUUCAUGUAAUAAAGUAGGGCGUAUAGCUGACACUUCAGACACUACCUGUCAGAAGUACUUUUUGUGCAUCGGAGCGUCAGAUGGGUCCAUUGUACCGUAUCCAUAUACAUGCCCAUCCUCCUCUGUUUUUAAUCCAAACUCCGGAAUCUGUACAAGCUCAUCUAAUUAUCGAUGCCCUUCAUGA